CACCGAUGCCGCCCGCCCAUCGCACCUCUUCCGCCGAGCCUCAAGCCAUGCUAAGACUCAUUCAAUUUGACUCGAUCGUGCUCACUUGAUUCAUUUACUCGCGUAUGAGACGUGUUCGAGUGCGUUCCUAACGAUGGUAUCGGACCAGCGCCUCUGGCAAAGCCUCGCCGAUGUCCAGGCAAAAACAGAGUCGACAUAUCGACAUAUCCGCCAACCAGGCAGUCAUGGCGAGAUCCGGGAAGCACUGAGACUCAUCAGUGGCACGCUCCAUAGCCUCUCUCUUCUUUUCGAAGAUCUUGAAGAUGCGGAUAAUGAGGCACAGCUGGCGUGUCCCGGUUACACCCUCAUCGAUGAAUUAUCCACCACUCUUGACGACCUGAAUCUGGCUUGGUCGACCGCCUCUGGACCAUCGAAAGCAGCAAGCGGACCAACUUCACUACCAGAACUCACGUCUCAAAUACGUAAACUCGAAUUCCAGCUCGCUCCGGCGGUUCAGGCCGCUUCUUGGCCUGCCCUGCUUGUUUGUUUGUCAGCGACUGGGCCUCGCAAACCGCCGCAGAAGCAAGAGCAUGGCGUGACGAACAAACCGGGACUCGACGCUUUAGACAUUGAUCCGGUGGAAUGCUUGUCUGUGUUGCUAAACACCAAAUUUGGCCACAAGUUAGACAGCUGCCACUCUCAUCUGAUGAACGUUGCUAAGAGAGACAUCACGCACCCCGAGUACGCUUCGUGCGCAAGGGCUCUGCCCAAAGUAGCCCUAUCCUACUACCAUUUAGUUGAGGAAGGGCUCCGAAUGCUUUUCCACCCAAAUAAGUCUGCAAACUUCAUGCACUGGCUUCUGGAGUAUGCUCGACAAGAGUGGCCGAACAAGUUCAACCCCAAGUCGGGCGCUGUGUCCAUGUCGCCGCUUCUUCGGCUGAUGUCGAUAGGUUCGGAUGCAUCUGUCAGCCCUCUUCACAUUGCUGCUGCACUGGGUUUACCGCAGUUGUGCGAGCAUCUGAUAAUCCUGGAAAAGCAAGAUGUGAACCAACAGAGUCCUAUGGGGACGCCUCUUUAUUGCGCUCUACUUGGCCCAGCUGCGCUUUUAGCUCGGUCCGCUGACCCGGCUCAGCUGCUAACUGAUUGCCGCCCAGGCGGCUGGCAAGAGUCUACCCUCAACGUUCUUCUGGAUGCUGGUGCUUCGUGCGCGCUGACCCCAGCUGGACCCCAGCAAGAUGAAGAGUUCUCGCUGGGAACUCUAGCGUUCUUAACCUGCCAGUCGAUACAUGCUCCAGAGAUCAUGGUGCGCAUUCUUCGGUCGCAACUUAACCUCGACAAGCGGUUUGUCCAGCUGUUUCACGGAAAGGACUCCAUUCUCCAAUACUGGCCGUCACCGCUGCCUCAGCUAACGCCCUCCUUCCUGGCACCUGUUCUACCCGAAAUUCUCGACCUCGCAGUUUCUCAUUACGACAGCGAACAUGACACCUGGUCAUUAUUGGCGACUGGAGUUUACGAUGUUAUGGAACGUUUCGAUCUCACUGGUCUUUGUUCGGACCGAGGAUCAAGACCCCUUGACAUAUCGGACACGGUCUAUACGAACAUGGUCCGUGAAGCAAUCCAGGACUCCGAUAUUGCAGUCAUCAGAAGGCUAAUCCUGGACCCUCGGUGGGAUCCCAACGCAUCAAUGGAGCACCACUCCAGAAAGCGGUCAAGCUCAACUCUUGAUGAUAAUGCCGCAUUGCCAAAGCCCCUAAAACCCUACACCAUUCUUCACUAUGCAGUUGAGGCCGAUGAAGCCAACCUGGUAUCUCUUAUAUUGGAUUCCGGAGAGGCCAUCGACGUUCACGUACGCAAUCAACAUGACCAAACACCCCUGAUGCUCUCCGAAUCGCCAGAAGUCCUCAAACUUCUCCUCGGUCGCGGCGCAAGAACCACAGACACCGACGAAAGUGGCCGCAACGUCUGGCACUUCGCCGCUGCAAACUCGGACAUCGAUUUGAUCAAUGUCCUUCACGAACACGACGAACACAAGGAUCAAAACCUCAAAGGGCUGAUGAAAAACGGAUCAACACCCAUCGCCCAGUCCAUCAUCUAUCCAUUCAAGCUGAUGAAGAGGAAUCUCAAUUCCAAACCCAAAGACCCCGUCGGGGCUCUUCGUAUGCUUGAGGUCUGCGUACCGAAUGUUGCUUAUCUCCAGAGCCCGACUCCCCUCAUUUUCCUAGCAGCAGAAUGGUGCUCUUAUGAAUUGGUUCGCAAGUUAGUUGACUUUGGUGCCGAUCCCUUUGAAGUGGACAACGACGGCCGGAACGUCCUGCAUUGCCUCAACACUGGUGCCGGUGAGCCUCUGGUCAAAAUGCUCUUAGACCUGAAGGUCGAGCCGCUUUUGACAAGGGAGGGGCUGUCGCCUGCCGAAACGAUGUUUUCAUUUUUCAAUAACUCGGGAUUAAGCGGCAGCGGCCUGAACCAACUCUUUGAAAGCUCCCGGCCGCUCGACGUUGCUGCGUACAACAACCUUCUGACAAGCAACGUCUUACAAUCCCGCAACAGUGACGGUGCUGGGCUCUGGGAGCGUUUUGCUGUUGUAGUCAUCGGCACAUGGGCCUCCGAGUGGCCGUCGGGAGCCAACGCCUGGGUCUCUUUGCACAAUGCUGUCCAAUGCUUGAUCAAGAAGAGAGCGUUGGCAAAAUACGAGGAAGAGAAAGGAGAAUGCGGGCUCAUCCCGGUUCUAUCGAGCUGGGCGAAAAUGGCUUCGUCUCGUGUCAUAACCCCGAGGUGUUUGGAGGAAAUCAUAUUCUCGAUCCUGCAAGCAUCAACCAAAGCUGAUAGCUUCAGAGAGUCAAAGACUGCUGUACAGUGUCUCAAGCUGGCCAUUGAACUGGAUCAUACGGACCUCGUCGCGAAGUUGCUCGACUUGCGUGUUUCAAUACAUGCACCCCAUCAGGGCUUUUCCGCAUUCGAGUCGGCAUUUAUGCCAUUUUCGAGGUGUCAGCCAGCCAUGUUCGACCAGCUCCUUGAGCACGUCGAUGUGAGAAGUCUAGACGACGACAACAAUUUUGGAACCGGAUUGCUCUACAGGCUUCUCGACCCUAGAAUUUUACACAGCGCUCACAAGCUGUCUGCCAUUGUACGUAAGGGAUGUGAUCCCAACGUAAAGACUCCCGGAGGGGUGCCAAUAGUCGUAGCUUACAUUAAAGCGCACCGAACUGACUCUGCGCUGGUCUUACUCGAAGCGGGUGCAGACCCAGCGGCGUUAUCGACGACUGGGUUUAACGCAGCACUUACUGCAGCCUUGCUGGGCAACUUGCCCGUUCUUUGCAAGAUUCAGGAAAUUGACAGCAGCUUCGACUGGGAGAAAACAUGCACUUAUGAUUUCUACGGAAUGACCGACCCGGGGGUCACACUAAAGGAUGACUGCAAUGUGCUCCACUUAGCAGCCUCUAGUGGUUGCUCCGAAGUUAUUCAGUUCUGCCUGGAGGCUUUAGACCUUGAUGUGGACUCGCAAACCGCAGAUGGUUGGCGGCCUAUACACUUUGCUGCCGCCAGUGACGACGGCGACGGGUCUUGCGUCCGGGUGCUCCUGGAGCACGGCGCAGACCCAACGGCCGAGCUCCCAUCCCGGGGUCACUGGGAUCCCCUGAGCAUCGCGGCAAGGAACGGGUGUGAGGUUGUCAAGGCGCUUCUGGAACUCGACUCGGAGACUGUCAACAAAAUGAACGUUCCGGGGGCCUUAAUGGCGGCCUUCCAGCACGAAGACAGAGACGUGAUAGAGCCGUUCCGGCCUUUGAUCCAUGAACUGGUGAAAACAACAGAGAGGAUCAGGGGUCGAGCGAGCCUCAUUGGCGUCGUCCUGGAACUCUUCAUCGAAACGAGCGAGAAGGAGCUGGCUACUAGUGCUCUGAAGAUGGUAGACCCAGAGGACGUCAACUCGAUUCGGAUGAGUUGCGGCGAAUGCUCGCCUCUCGUCCUUGCAGCUGCCCGUGGACAGUUCGCGAUUGGUGAAGUAUUUCUGGAUCACGGCAUGACGACGUGGAGCCGCGCCAACCGCUGCGCGCGGCACUCCAUCGUCGCCCCGAGCUUACAUUACCCUUGCACCGCUUUGCACAUAGCCCUCAUGCUACCCGACCAUAUCCCGAGACAAGACAUGAAAGGGUUCGUCACGUACCUUCUGGGUGCCAUAGACUGGAGCGGCCACGAGUUGAGUCCCUUUCAUUGUGCCGCCAUCGGCAACGUGCCGGACAGGAUGCAUAUGGUUGCCGAUUGGAUCAGAGAGUCUCCUGAGCAUCAUGCGAAGCUUCUCCGUGGCAUGCGGGCAUGGCCAUCAUCACCCGCGAAGGGCAUCUCGGGGUCAUAUGAUCCCGCAUCGAAUCUUGUCGGAACUGACACGCCCGCUGCAUCGGAAUCCGAAGCGGACGUCAUUCUCAGGCACUAUGUCAACCAGCCUGUCGCCUCGCCGGAUCUGCUGCCCAUGUUCCGUAUCGGCCAAACGCCGCUGCUAGUUGCAAUAGAUUCGCUUCAUUGUGGAGCGAUUUGCAGCACUGAGAUGAUUGAAGCCCUCCUGAGGUACGGCGCGGACGUUAAUCUGCCUGGACAGCAGUUCUCCGGCACUCCGCUCAACGAGGUCACAAGCGCCAACCACCUGGAUGGCGCCCGCCUUCUCUUAGCGCACGGGGCGAACCCUAACCUCUGGGCCUCGAGGUCCUCCACCCCCCUGAUCACGGCCGUCUUGGAGGGCCACCUGGAGAUGGCGCAGUUGCUUGUGGAGCACGGCGCCGACAUCCAUGUCCGCAGCGCCAAGGGUGUGAGCCUACUCGGUGUCUGCGGCGAGAGGUCCAGGGACCCAGACAUGUUCAUCUGGCUCAUGGGGCUCGGUCUGGACCCUUACAGGUUCGACAACCAAGGGUACACGCCGAUCCACGAAGUCAUCCUCCGCGGCGGGUUUCCGGGUCUGAUGUUCAACUACGGGUUCGACUUUUCCCGGGUCAGGGACACACGGGCGGGAUUCCUGUCCCUCGUCAUCGAGUUCAGCCGCACGACGGCCAACGAUAUCCUGAAAAGGCUGUUCAGACGCCUCCCUCCAGAGAACGCAGUCCAGCUGGCCAACUCGACACCGGAAACGUUCGUCAGCCCGCUCUGCAACGCCGUGAUCAGGGAGAAGCUUGACUGCAUACCCACGCUCCUUCGCUACGGCGCGAGAAUCGACGUCGAAGGGUCCGUGGAGGGUUCUGCGCUGAUGGUGGCGUGCGCCAAGGGCAAUCUCGAAGCCGUUAAGGCUCUUUUACAGCACGGCGCCAGCAUCUCGUACCAAACGACAGUCGACGGUGCGCCGGUUUUCAGGAGUGCCGUCGAGUAUGCCAGGCCGUUCCCUUAUAUCCUGCACUGGCUUCUCGUGGGCCGACACGUUCGUCUGCGGGGCAUUGAGGGAGCUUCGGAGAGUGCCGGGGGGGCGGAGACGAGACCGUGGAGCGGUGGGCGGGUUGCAGGGUAUGAGCUGUCGGGUGUUGGCACACAUACCGGACGAAGAUCCGGAGAAACGAGUUUGGAGUACCUGAGACGUUUGGAUCGUAUUCGGUGGAGAUUGAGGGGACAGGUGGUUCGAGUGGUGGACUUGGGAUACUGCUGAGAGAACGGAACGUGUUGGGAGUUUUGAUACUGGAAGCUUGAGAAGCUCUAGAUACCCGUACACCGCUCCAGUAUUAUGAAGCGCUUGAUAGUUGAGGUAUUGACAAACCACGUAAGCUCCUGG